ACAGGAUGCGGGGGGGGGGAAACAACGUCUAAAUAACAAGCUUUCGCAUUGGCUGACAGAACCGAACUCGAAGCCAAUAGGCGCUGGAUUGCCCUCCCCAAGAUGGAGGUUCUUUGGAGACGAUUGAUUCCUUUUCACCAUGUUGGGUUAUAUUUCUGCUCGCCAAGCAGGUUUGGACGACCCGCUAAAGCUUCGUCGUGCUGAGGCUACCAGGAGGGUACUGAGCCUGGAGUUAAACAAGGAUAAAGAUAUAGAAAGGAUCCAUGGAAGUGGUAUUAACACCUUGGAUAUUGAACCUGUGGAAAGUCGAUACAUGUUAUCAGGUGGUUCAGAUGGUGUUAUUGUAUUGUAUGAUCUUGAAAACUGGAGCAAAAAACCAUGCUAUACCUGCAAAGCUGUUUGUUCUGUGGGAAGCGAUGUGGAACAAAGAGGAAAUUAAGGCUCCAGCCCUGUUCCCACUACUGGAAAGUCAUCCUGAUGUUCAUAAAUUCAGUGUAGAGACAGUUCAGUGGUACCCUCAUGACACUGGCAUGUUUACAUCGAGCUCAUUCGAUAAAACACUGAAAAUAUGGGACACAAACACAUUACAAACAGCAGAUGUGUUUAAUUUUGAGGAAACAGUAUACAGUCAUCACAUGUCUCCUGUUGCUACCAAGCAUUGCUUAAUUGCAGUUGGUACCAAAAGCCCCAAAGUACAGCUUUGUGACUUGAAGUCUGGAUCUUGUUCUCACAUUCUGCAGGGUCACAGACAGGAAAUUCUAGCAGUAUCUUGGUCACCACGUCAUGAAUAUAUUUUAGCAACUGCAAGUGCUGACAGCAGAGUGAAAUUGUGGGAUGUAAGGAGAGCAUCUGCUUGUCUGAUAAGUCUUGAUCAACAUAAUGGUAAAAAGUCAGAAGUAUUUGGUGAAACAGCAAAAACUGCCCACAAUGGAAGAGUUAAUGGCUUGUGCUUUACAAGUGAUGGACUUCACCUUCUGACAUUUGGUACAGAUGACCGCAUAAGACUCUGGAACAGUUCCAGCGGAGAGAAUACAUUGGUGAAUUAUGGGAAGGUGUACAAUGACAGUAGAAAGGGACUCAAAUUCACAGUCUCUCAUGGCUGCAGUCCAGAAUUUGUGUUUGUGCCAUACAGUAGCACUAUUGCUAUUUAUACAGUUUACUCAGGAGAUCUAAGAACUAUGCUUAGGGGACAUUAUAGUUCCAUUGACUGCUGUGUAUUUCAACCUAAUUUUCAGGAACUUUAUAGUAGUGGGAGAGAUGGCAAUAUCCUUGCCUGGGUACCAUCUCUGAGAGAGACAGAGUCUGAUGAUACUUCUGAAAAGCAAUGCUUAAAUCCUGCUUAUGAAGAUGCAUGGAGUGGCAGUGAUGAUGACGGAUGAAUUCUUAAUAAGCUGUUGUAAUAAAACUUUCACUCAUG